AUGGCUUCUGAUUCAAAAAUUGUAUGUUUUCAACACUGCUGUAGAAAAAAUGUAUUUUGUAAAAGUAUUCCAGAAAUAUGUCCAAUUUGUCAUGUACAAAUUAUAGAUUAUAAAAUAAUACCUUUCCUUAUUCCAUAUCCUUAUAAAAAUGCAGCAUAUGAACCACAUUCUAUAGUUGUAAAACCAGCUCAUGGCAAUUUUUUAAAUGAUUAUCAUAUUGUAAAUGAUUUACAUAUAGGAGUAACAAAUUCAGAAGGAAUUGUUUUUGAAUACGACAAAGUUGGUUUAGUAGUAAAUGAUUACUCAAAAUGGAUGAAUUGUAUUGCAAUAAAUAUAAUUCCUUCAUCUUGGGCUAAUCAUUGGAAUGAAACACUAAAAAUAAUGAUAAAUGAUCCAAAAUGGAAAUCUGAAAAUUAUGAUGAAGUUUCAAUGAAUUGUUUUAACUUUGUCAUAGAAAACUACUGA